AUGUUAAGCAUACAACAAGUCGUUUACAAUUUGAAGCUGAAGAGGGCAUCCGACUGGAAGAUCUCCACUCGGUUUGGCUUGGACGCCCCGGUGAUGAGCGGAAGAAAGGGAUUGGAGAAAGUACCACCAGAAGAAGACAAAGCCUCGACUAACGUGAGCCCCACGAAGUGCGAGGGGGAGGCAAACACGAGAGACAGCUCGGCGGAGGUAAACAUAAGAGACAGCUCGGCGGAGGCAAACAUAAGAGACAGCUCGCCGCAAAAUUGCCUGAACGGGUCAGGUGAAAGAAGGAAAAAAAAAAAAAAAAAAAAAAAUGCAAAAAAAAAUAGGGAUAUCCAGUACACUUCCAGCUUUGAUCUUUCCGGGGGGGAGUUCUUUCAGCUGAAGGAACAGAGUGGGAGCGACGGGGGGGAGGAGUCCAAGGUGGAGAAACGUAAAGAGGAGCGGAAGAAAAAGCGGGAAAAGGGGAAAGAAAAGUCGAAGGAGAAGAGAACCAAACGGGGGGAGGAAGCGGAAAGGACGAAGGAGAAGAGCAUAGAAGCCACCGAUGCUGAAAUGGAGCGGGGGAUGGAGGGGACAAAACAAAACGGGGGAUGUGAACAAACGGGCGAGGGCGAUGCCCCCCAAAGGGAAGAGGUGUGCGAGCAGGAAGAAACGAAGAAAAAGAAGAAAAUGAAGAAGACGAAGAAGACGAAGAAGAAAAAGACGAGACGGGACGAAAUGGAGGUAAGCGAAACGAGCUACGCUGAAAAAAACUCCAACGAAAAUGACUCCCCUGAAAAUGGCUCCCCCGAAAAUGGCUCCGUCCAAAUGAAACCCGCGAGGCGCACGAGCGAACCGAGGAACCCAUCACACGAAAGAAAAGGAACACAUAACAAUAUUCGCGAGAGGAACAACGCCACAUUUAGCAGCUUCAUGCAACCGCCUCGGAGCAGCAACUCGGAUGAGCUAGCCAUAAAUUACAUUUCGGACAGUAAGAAGAGUUAUAUAAGCAUACGGAGCAGUAAUAGGGAUAAGGAUGACGUGAUACAAUUACCCAAAUUGAAUUUAUCAACUCGGGGGGGUCGGUCUUCAUCGGGGGAGGAGAAUGAGACGACGGACGGGGGGACGUGCUCACUCCGUUAG